GGCCGCGUGAUUCACAGUUUUUGAAGUUCUCCUUCGGAGAUAGUUUCUCGUUUCGAUCGCGUGUCUAAUUUAACUCGAAUCCCGAAUAAAUCGAACUACAUCCUCUUGCCAUCGAACGAUAAAACACGGAAUCGGCAAUACGCGUUAAAUUCAUUUAACAAAAAUGGCGAACAGUUUGGAGGGAAAAAGUUGACUGUUUCUAUCAACAUCGCGAUUAGCGUCUAAAACGGCGAUGCAUCUUAAACAAUCUGUUAACUGCAGAGUAUUGUUCAACACUAUUGACAUUCUCGCGAGGUGAAAGUGAACGCGAAACCAUUGAACGUUAAAACCGUCAAAGUUUGACAUGUGCACCGUGCAUCAAUUACAUCACUCAAGUAGAAGGAGCGUCUAAACGUUUUAUUACUCUUGUUAAACGAUCGUACCGGAAGUGUUAUUGUGCUCGAGCAUUAAGAUGUGACAGGCACCGGAAGGAACACGAAAUUCGUUCCUGGGAAGUGGGACAAUAGGAAUCUGGACCACGGGCAUUGUUGGUGAACCUUCGACGGUUAUUGCUCCUCUAAAAGUUCCCAUUGAGGUUUACGUCAUCGCGCCUCCUGUAUCUUCGAUCAUGGUCGACAUGGACACGCAGACCGAGUUCCUUGUAAACGUCCCACUCCCACGGAAUAUUUAAGUGACUCGGCUGUAGACCAAAGGAUAAUUCAUUCGAGGAUGCCUGGAAAUGCGACGGUGGGGAGCACCCUCGACAACGAGGCGUUCCGUCGUAUCAUUUUGGAAAGGGAGCAAGAAUGCUACCAGUUACAGCUGAUGAACUCGACACCUCCACCAGAGCCCUACUGUCCAAUCACGUUCGACGGAUGGUCUUGCUGGCCAAACACCCCAGCUGGAACAACGGUCUACACGCCAUGCCCAAAUUUCAUCACAGGAUUCGAUGGAUCACUGAUGGCGCACAAACAUUGCGAGUCGAACGGUACCUGGUUUCGCCAUCCGGCGUCCGAUCAAGUCUGGAGCAAUUACACGACAUGCGUAGACAUGAAAGACCUCAAUUGGCAUCAGGUGAUCAAUGGAAUUUACGAGGCUGGAUACGCGAUAUCGUUGAUAGCGUUGCUAUUGUCGUUGGGCAUCCUCACGUAUUUCCGCUCCCUGAGGUGCGCGAGGAUCACUCUUCAUAUGAACCUGUUCGCAUCGUUCGCUAUGAACAACGCUCUCUGGCUGGUCUGGUACAGGUUCAUCGUCGCGAACACGGUUUUACUGUUAAAUAAUGGGGUGAUGUGUCGCCUCUUGCAUAUCGUGCUGCACUACUUUUUGCUCACCAAUUACGCCUGGAUGUUGUGCGAGGGUUUUUACCUUCACACCCUGCUCGUUAGCGCGUUUACCAGCGAGCACAAGCUAGUAAAAUGGCUGAUGGCACUUGGAUGGCCGGUACCUGCAGUGAUCGUCACGAUUUACGCCAGUCUGAGGGCGAUAAGUGACAACGCCGCGGACACUGAACAGUGUUGGAUCAACGAAGGCAAUUACAUGAACGUCCUUGUUUACCCCGUCUGCGUUUCCACUCUUCUCAACCUGCUGUUUCUCUUCAACAUCGUGAGGGUGCUGUUGAUGAAGCUGAGGGCAGGUCCCACGAUCGGCACUCAACCUUCCAGGUCCAUGCGACAGGCAUUUCGAGCAACGCUGCUUCUCGUACCUCUUUUGGGUCUACACUAUCUGGUCAUCCCCUUCAGACCACCAAAAGACCACCCUUGGGAAAAAUUUUACGAGGUUCUCUCCGCCAUAACGGCCUCGUUUCAGGGUCUCUGCGUGGCCAUUCUGUUCUGUUUCUGCAACGGAGAGGUAAUAGCGCAAUUCAAGAGGAAAUGGGAGGGCACGGCUCUUCUGCGAAAUCGUGCCAAUUCUUGCACAGCCACGACGGUCUCGUUUAUCCGCUCGACCGCAGGUCCGGUGGCGGGAGAGGAGAAGGUGUGACUAUCAGUCGUCCGCUCCGGAACAGCUGGACGUGAAUCCCGUCGACAGUCAGCAAGCCGUGCAACUUGUCGCCGCUUGUCGAGUCGCCAAUAAUCUCAACGAUCACUCCAGACUGUUGGUCAGGUCCAGGGACUCCAUCAAGAGCUACGAGCAGACACAGUGUUGAUAGUUCCAGUGACACCAGUGAACUCACCGUGAACCAGAUGGACGACAACUGGUUGCGAGACGUCAGACAUUGUCCAAGAUUUAAAAUUGGGUUUGACGAAGGCAGGAUGA